GCAAGCACGGUUGGUGUCCGGCCGGACAAAGUUUCUUAGUACAUGUUUGAUUAAAAUCCAUCCCUGCAACGGUGUAAAUUAUUCAGAAUAAUAAGGAUUCAUAUGGAUGGUGGCUGACAGGAGCCGAUUGAGUUUAUUUCUGAUAUAUUUUUAUGUCAUGUCUUGUUUAGUAAAAAAAAAAUAAAAUAAAAUCUCUUCCUAAUUUGAGGGAAGGUAGACGUGUUUUGCGGCGAACACUUUGACAGCACCACAUGCUCGGCGGAAGUGGCCCCUCCGUUCCGUAACGUCCUGCGAAAAAUCUGACAAACGGAGAAGAGAUUGCUUUAGGAAAAAUGUGACCACCAGUAGCCUCCUUUGAUGUGAAGAAGAGAAGAACUGGGCUUAAUCUCAGCCCCUUGAAAACUGAAGACAUUUUUGAGCCAGUUUCUGUUAACACCAAGCACAAUGAACCUCAAGAGGGGUUUGUUGUAGCUUCUCACCGGAAUGCAUAGCAGGAAAUUGACAUCAUUAAAGAAGAGGAAGAAUUGUGUAAUAUUAAAGAGCAGAUCUCAGAGGCUGGAAGUUUGUUUCACUGUUAAUAAACAGAUGCUUGCUAUGGAGUGUUUAUCUGUAGAUACAUUUGACCUCAAUAAAGUUAAUGAACCCUCUCUGGUAGAUAUACAGUGCAAGACAUUAACAAUUAAGGAGGAGCGUAGACCUGGAGAAACUGAGGAGGCCUUUGCAGGAGCAGAAAAGCUACCAUUUGAGUUUUAUAGCCAGGCUGCCCGGGGUGAGGCCUGCUCCUAAAGCUCAGUUGAACUCCUAAAGAUUUUUUCCAUCAUGUGGAGAAAUCCCCUCACUCUAGCUUUGGCCUUCUGAAAACAGAAGAGGAGAUCUCCACGCCUGGUUCUGGUUACAGUAAACAUGAUGACACCCCAAUGAAUGUUGCUGUGGUCUCAGGGUGUGGUGUUGAGCAGCAAUCCAUUAACAUCAAAGUGGAGCAGUCCAUCAAUAUUAAAGAGGAGCUCUCUGAACUGGAGUGUUCUUUUGUUAGUCAAAGACAGUCGAUUGCUGUUGAGGGCACAACUGGAGAUACUUUUGCUAACAAAGUUAAGGAAACCACUUGUGAGGAUGUUCAGUGCAAAAGGUUAUCCGCUCAACAGGAAGAAGAACACGAAGGAUCUCCAGAAGUGUCUUUCCAUGCUGUAGUGGAAAAGGUUAAAGUUGCCCUCGGCCCUUUGGAGUUGGGCAGCAUGACUUUGCAGAGAGCUGCAGACACUGGCACUAUGAAAACUAAAAUGGAAAUCCCGGAGCAGAUUUCUGAUAACAGUAAGAAAGAUGAUAUUCAAAUGAACUUUUCUUUAGAAUCAGAUGGAUGGAUGCAGAAGCAAUCCAUUAGCAUUAAAGAAGAGAAGUUAAUGAAGAUUAAAAAGGAGGAUUCUGAUGAAGAACAUGUUUCCAGUAUUAACGGACCAAUGCAGCCUGUUGCACCUGAGGAACAGAUUAUUGUAGAUAAAUAUAAUGAACCUCAAUUAGGGGCUUUGAAUGGCAGUGGGUUCUCAUCCCAAGAAGAUGUUGGAACUGAAUGGGAGCAUUCAGAUAUAGAAAAGCUGAGAAACAAUUUUAUACAGAAUAAUUUGGAAAAAUCACAACAGAUUUGUGAUAUGAGCAAUCUGAAACAUAAUAAUGAUAAUUCCUCAAAGGCCAUUGCUAAAGUUUCCCACAUCAAAAGUCAAGAGAGAACUCAUAUGGCAGACAAACCAAACCAGUGUUUGGAAUGUGGAAAAAUUUUCAGGCAUUACAAAAGCCUAAAACGUCACCAGAUCAUUCACAGUGGAGAAAAACCAUACAAAUGUAACGAGUGCGGGAAGAAUUUCAGGCAGAUUACAAGCCUUAAGCACCACCAGGGAAUCCACACAGGAGAUAAACCAUACCAGUGUUCUGAAUGUGGGAGGACGUUUGGCUACAAUAAAAGCCUGAAACGGCAUCAGAUAAUUCACAAAGGGGAAAAAUUGUACCAGUGUACUGAAUGUGGAAAGAAUUUUACGCAGACUGCAACCCUGAAGCGUCACCAGAAAAUUCAUACGGGAGAAAAACCAUACCAGUGUUCUGAAUGUGGCAAGACAUUCAUCCAAUCGACCCAUCUUAAAUAUCACCAGAGAGUUCACUCGGGAGAAAAACCUUUCCAGUGUACUGAAUGUGAAAAGACUUUCUUUCAGGCCGAACACCUUAAAUGCCACCAGAGAAUUCACACAGGAGACAAACCCUACAGCUGCAGAGAAUGUGGAAAGACAUUCAGCCACAAUAAAAACCUUAAAUACCAUCAUAGAAUUCACACAGGCGAGCAGCCCUACCAAUGUCCUGAAUGUGAAAAGACUUUCAAACGGGCCACAGAGCUAAAAUCCCAUCAGAGAAUUCAUACUGGAGAAAGGCCAUACCAAUGUACGGAGUGUGGAAAGACCUUUAAUUGGGCUACACAACUGAAAUACCACCAAAGAACUCACACGGGGGAAAAACCGUACCAAUGUAAUGAAUGUGGAAAGGCUUUCACCGGGGUUCCUGGACUUAAGUACCACCAGAACGUUGAAUCAGGAGAUAAACUCUACCAAUGUACUGAAUGCGGAAAGACGUUUACCCAGAAGACCUGCCUUAACUACCACCAGAAAAUUCAUAAUGACGAAAAACUGAACCAGUGUAAUGAAUGCGGAAAGACGUUUAAGUGGGCUGCCCAACUUAAAUACCAUGAGAUCAUUCAUACAGGGUUAAAGCCAUUCCAGUGUACAGAGUGUGGCAAAACGUUUAGACGGAACACCGAACUUAAGUAUCACAAGAGAAUACAUUCGGGAGGAAUCCAAUACCGAUGCAGUGAAUGUGGAAAGACUUUCAGCCACAAUUUACGCCUUCAGCAGCACCAGAGAAUUCACACAGGAGAAAGGCCAUACCAGUGUACCGAAUGUAGAAAGACAUUCAGUCGGAUUGACAACCUUAAAGUGCAUGAAAGAAUUCACACAGGAGUCAAACUGUACAGAUGUACUCAGUGUGGGAAGACUUUCAGUCGAGCUAAACGUUACAAGGAACAUGAGCGGAUUCAUACUGGAGAAAAGCCAUACCGGUGUAAAGAAUGUGGGAAGACUUUCAAUCGGGCUGAUAAUCUCAAAGUCCAUCAGAAAAUUCACACAGAAGAACACUGAGUGGUGAGAGAUACUGUACACUUAACAUUAGAGUACAGUAAAUUAUAGAAUGGUAGAUUAUUGCCGGCCCUACCACCAAUUGGUGCCUAUAUCAGCCUGUUAGUGGUCAUCACAUGUGUAUAGCCUACCAUGCUAAAGUGUGUAUUGCUAGUUGUGUUGUAAAGGAUAGGUGUUACAAAUGUCGGCUACUCAAGCUAUAAUGUCCACUAGAAGGGAGCAGCUCUGUUUCCUAAAAGUUAAAACUUCACAUGGACAGAAAAUCAUAAUUCGUGAGGGUUUUGGGAGACCUAAAUAAGCUCUUCUGGGCCAUAGUGUAUUUUUUUUACCUGUAAAUACAUCUCUGGGAAAGAACUGAAGUAAAAGUUACUUCUAAUGUUGUUAAAACAGUUUUUUCUGUGUUGUUGAGUAAAGAUGACCAAGUGAUGGAACAUUUACAAAAGAAAACUCUUCUGGGGAAAAUCUGCCAAGAGAUGCCUAUGAGCAUACUAGCUGAUGUCUUUAAUUUAAAGUAACUCUGUAGCUUGUGGUAGAUCAGCCCUAACACAGAAGUCCCUAAAACACACACGUUUGUUGUUCUUUCCAGUCCUGAGCACAACACAAUGCAAAAACCCAACAAUGCUCAGUCCUUUUCCUUUUCUCUUCUAUUAUUGCCGCCUCCACUCCUCUCUCGCAAGCUCUUUCCUCCUCCU